UAAUAAUUAUAAGGCAUGUAAGUACUUCAUUAAGUGUUGAAACAGUGAUGGCGUUAACAACUCUGUUCUUACUGCUGUUUGUGACAUUUGGAUCAGCGAGGGAAUAUACAGAUGCAGAAACAUCGAGUUUUCCGAAACUAUUUCAUCUGGAUGACUAUGAGCGAUGUUUAGCAAAGGAGGAUGGAUUGUAUUGCCUUGGGACCUUCGACCUAACACCAACGAAAUUACCACAUACUACUUACGAUUUAAUGAAGGCUUAUUCAGAUGAAUCAUAUCGUCACUUCAACCGAACGAGAAUACAUCGCGGCUACUGUCUGAGCGACAGAUGUUCCUCAGCUACUUUAUCACGCUUUAACACUACACUUGACCCUGGAAACAGCCCUGAACAACUCUUCGAAAGAUGCACAAACUUCUAUAUGCAAGCAGAAGACUUCCACGCUACCCUAAAGUCCCUGGACUACUGUCGAACUCAUUCCAACAUCAUCGAAGCUUCCGAAAGACCCCCUACUUCUGCAGAAGUGAUCUUCAAGAAUGUGGUUUAUACAUUGAUAAUUGCUAAUAUUGUGGGGACCAUUUAUCAUAAUUUUGCUGGUGAUAACCCUAAUAAAAACAAACUUCUAUCUUCGUUCUCCAUACCAGAAAACUGGCGUCGGCUGACAUUUAUUCGUGAAGGUGGAGAUCCUCGACAAACUGCCUUGGUGCCCAUGGAAGGUCUUAGGGUAAUGGCACUUGGAUUCACGACAUACGCUCACGCGUGCGUCAUACAUUACAUGUACCACAUCAAAAAUCCAGAAUAUUUAGAAGAGUUAACCCAGAGACUGGACGGAAUAUACUUGUCAGCUGGAACGUCCCUGAUCCAAGUGUUCGUGAUGAUGACCAGCUUCCUCACAGGGUACAACCUGCUCAUCUACUCCCAGAAACAGGAGCUGGGGCUGCAUAUGUUGCCGCUUUGUAUUAUUAAACGACUUGUGAGAAUAACUCCAGUUCACAUCUUCAUAGUGGGUUUCGCAGCAACUUGGUGGUUGGACACAAGAGGUGGACCGCUGGUGUCCACCACCAUAGGUCUGGAGAGCGAGGCUUGUACCAGCAAAUUCUGGUCACAUGUGUUCCUGGUAAACAAUAUUGUGGACACUGACAAAUAUUGUGUCGUUCCAACAUGGUUCUUACCAGUGAACAUGCACAUGUAUAUCGUGGCGUGUGCCUUCACGCUCCUGCUAUGGCGUCGGCGGUGCUUCGCAGUCAGAUUAUACCUGGUACUCUUCUUCGUCACCUGCCUUCUGAACGGCUUCGUUGCGUAUAUGAAGGACUACAGAUCUAUGAUAUAUUUAGCAACGCCUGAACACAUUCGUAGAAUAUUCCGAGACAAUCUAUCUUUCACUGAGUUCUACAUAUCGUCAUGGGGGGCGCUGCCAGCGUGUUUCCUGGGGCUCAUUCUCGCACAUAUUCAGUUUGCAUUGGACGAGAGGAAAAUCAAACUUUCUGACUACAAAUGGUUCGUGUACCUCCAUUACACGAUGUUUCCCGUGUUAUUUACAUGGGCCCUAACUGGUAUAUACGCGCGGGAGCACUCAUCAUCCGACCUCUUCAAUGCUGUUUACAUCGCUUUCGACCGGCCGUUGUUCUGCAUUCUAAUGUGCAUUGGUCUUCUGGGAGCCUUCCAUAUUGACGGACCAAUACGUAAAUUCUACAGCUGGCGCGGCUGGCGGACGAUGGCGCGCAUGUCUUUGACAGUGAUGUUGCUGCACUGGUGCGUCGACAUGACCAUCGCCACCAGAUCGGUGGCUUAUGGAACCUCUGCGACUGAUAUGUUGGUGGACUGGUGUGCAACCAACCUGAUCACUUAUGUCCUCGCCGUACCAAUCACAGUUUUAGUGGAAAUUCCUAUGCAACGGUUCAUAGAAGCCUUGAUUUUUUAAUCAAUUGUAUAAAUUGUAAUUUGCAUUGUAUAUUUGUAAAUAAAAAUAAUUAUG